CUUGGGGAGCCGCCGCCGCCGCCAGCCGCCGCCAGCCGCCGCCGCAGGACCGGCCCCUACCCCAGCCUCCGCAGCUGCGCCGCGUCCACACCGGCCCGCGGCUAGGGCGAGCCUGGGAACCCCAGCUGCGCCCUCCCCAGUGUGCCCCGCGCCCCGCAUGUGACCCGGCCAGGCGCCCGCGAGCGUCCCCGCAGCUCCGGCCCCGGGCUGCACCCACCUGCCCUCACACCAGCACGCCAGCUGCCCGUCCGGGAUGGCCGCGGCCAAGGCCGAGAUGCAGCUGAUGUCCCCGCUGCAGAUCUCCGACCCGUUCGGCUCCUUUCCUCACUCGCCCACCAUGGAUAACUAUCCCAAGCUCGAGGAGAUGAUGCUGCUGAGCAACGGGGCGCCCCAGUUCCUCGGUGCCGCCGGGGCCCCUGAGGGCAGCGGCGGUAACAGCAGCAGCAACGGGGGCGGCGGAGGUGGAGGCAGCGGCAGCAACAGCAACAGCAGUAGCGCCUUCAACCCUCAGGGGGAGGCAGGCGAGCAGCCCUACGAGCACCUGACCGCAGAAUCGUUUCCUGACAUUUCUCUGAAUAAUGAGAAGGUGCUGGUAGAGACGAGCUACCCUAACCAAACCAUCCGGCUGCCACCUAUCACCUACACGGGUCGCUUCUCUCUUGAGCCGGCGCCCAACAGUGGCAACACCCUGUGGCCUGAGCCCCUCUUCAGCCUGGUCAGUGGCCUCGUGAGCAUGACCAACCCACCAGCCACCUCGUCCUCGGCGCCCUCUCCUGCGGCCUCCUCAUCUUCCUCCGCCUCACAGAGCCCACCUCUGAGCUGCGCCGUGCAGCCCAACGACAGCAGCCCCAUUUACUCAGCAGCUCCCACCUUCCCCACACCUAACACUGACAUCUUCCCUGAGCCACAAAGCCAGGCCUUUCCUGGUUCAGCUGGCACUGCGCUCCAGUACCCACCUCCUGCUUAUCCGACUGCCAAGGGUGGCUUCCAGGUUCCCAUGAUCCCUGACUACCUGUUUCCACAGCAGCAGGGAGACCUAGGCCUGGGCACCCCUGACCAGAAGCCCUUCCAGGCCUUGGAGAGCCGCACUCAGCAGCCUUCGCUCACACCACUCUCCACCAUCAAGGCCUUUGCCACACAGUCAGGCUCCCAGGACUUGAAGGCCCUCAACACCACCUAUCAGUCCCAACUUAUCAAACCCAGCCGCAUGCGCAAGUACCCCAACCGGCCCAGCAAGACUCCUCCCCACGAACGCCCCUAUGCCUGCCCAGUGGAGUCCUGUGACCGCCGCUUCUCCCGCUCCGACGAGCUUACCCGCCACAUCCGCAUCCACACGGGCCAGAAACCCUUCCAGUGUCGCAUCUGCAUGCGCAACUUCAGCCGUAGCGACCACCUUACCACCCACAUCCGAACCCACACAGGCGAGAAGCCCUUCGCCUGCGACAUCUGUGGAAGAAAGUUUGCCAGGAGCGAUGAACGCAAAAGGCAUACCAAGAUCCACUUGCGACAAAAGGACAAGAAAGCAGACAAGGGUGUUGUAGCCUCUGCGGCUACCUCCUCUCUCCCCUCUUACCCGUCCCCCGUGGCUACCUCGUACCCGUCCCCAGUCACUACUUCUUACCCGUCUCCGGCCACCACCUCAUACCCAUCGCCUGUGCCAACCUCCUACUCCUCGCCUGGCUCCUCCACCUACCCGUCCCCGGUCCACAGCGGCUUCCCCUCCCCUUCAGUGGCCACCACGUACUCCUCUGUGCCCGCUGCGUUCCCAACCCAAGUCAACAGCUUCCCUUCCUCGGCUGUCACCAACUCCUUCAGCGCCUCCACAGGCCUUUCGGACAUGGCAUCAACAUUUUCUCCCAGGACAAUUGAAAUAUGUUAAAGGGAAAAUGAAAACAAAAAAAAAGGGAGAAAAAGAAACACAAGAGACUUACGGACAGAAAGAGGAGCUGGCCAUAGCUGGGGGUCCUUUUAGGUCAGAUGGAGUCCUCAGAGCACAGUGCUCCCCUCCUUCUGCUCGACCCCAAGGUCAGCUGGAAGGUCUGCCGACCAGUACUCCUUUCUGCCCACUUUCCCUACCUCCCCCAUUCCCUUCCCCCUUUGACUUCAGCUGCCUGAAACAGCCAUGUCCAAGUUCUUCACCUCUAUCCAAAGAACUUGAUUUGCAUGGAUUUUGGAUAUAUAAUUUCAGUAUCAUUUCCAUCGAAUGCCUGACCCCUUGCUCCCUUCAGUACUAGAAAACUGAGUUGGCAAAAUGGGGUUUGGGUCCCUCAGAGCCCACCCCUGCACCUUGUACAGUGUCUGUGCCAUGGAUUUAAUUUUUCUUGAGGUACUCUUGAUGUGAAGAUAAUUUGCAUAUUCUCUUGUAUUAUUUGGAGUUAAGUCCUCACUUUGGG